ACAGACAGACCAGAGCGAGAACGCUUCAAUAAGACAGCUAAGAGCUCAUUUGAAGUGACAAAAGAAGAAACUCACUCAAUACAAUGGAAGGUGAAUGCAAGGUACAGCUGGACGCCACUGUGGACACAGAAGCCGGGAAACAAACGACGCAGAGAUUCAGUUCAAAGCUAACCACGGCUCUGCUGACGUUCACGCUCUGCCUCGCUGCUGUUCUUGCUGCUGUUGCCAUCAUCGGCUCCACCAGGCAAGCCAAGGUGGAGACACAAGAGGAAGACAAUUCUGAUGUUCAUCGCACAUUGAGGCAGAUUUCAAACACAAGAGCGGCCAUUCACUUGGGAGGAGUAUACAACCCUGAACUGACCACAUCAGUGGAAUGGGAGAACCAGGUGGACCAGUCUUACUCUCAAGGCGGCCUGAAACUCGUCAACAACGAAAUUGUGAUUCCUCGUGAUGGUCUCUAUUUCAUCUACAGCCAAGCAUCUUUCAGUGUUAGCUGCAGCAGUAGCGACGACGAUUCAGAUCCCAUGGUGCACCUGAGCCACACUGUGAAGCGUUCGUCCAACACGUAUGGCCGUAAGAACACCUACGAGACCAUCCUGCACUCUGUCCGCACUGCCUGUCAAAAGACAGCCAGCAACAAUCCGGAUGAGGACGGGAACUGGUUCUCAACCAUAUACAUGGGAGCUGUGUUCAGCCUGAACAGGGGGGACAAACUGAAGACGGUGAUGGAGGAGAGCAUGCUGAAAAACCUGGAGGACGAUUCCGGGAAAACUUUCUUUGGCGUGUUUGCAUUGUAAGGACAGAUGACUGAGGCUGACGGGGGAUGAUAUGCUCAUGCUAUGACGUAAAGAAAAGCAAUCGGGCUUCAGCUCCACCUGAAACUCACUCACACUGUAAGAUGCACAAAUGCCACUUUCAGUAUAGACCAAACUUUGCUAAGUAUGAUAGCACAAAAAAUGAGUUAUGUUAACUGCAGCAGACAUAAAAGAUUGUCCAUUGUUCAGUAAUGUAUGGAUAUAAGUAUGUCUAUGGCUCUAUAAUGUUACGUACUAUGUACUACAGAGUGUCAGUACCUUUUGUUGUACUGCGAUGCUCCAACUCUACUGUAUUUGAAACAGUACAAAUGUGCUAUAACUGCUGUGUAUUUAUUUUGUCACUACAAGCUGACAGAAAUGGAUUUUGGAGAAUGUAUUUGUUCCAUCAUAUUAUCAUAUUUAUUGAAUUAUUUAUUGAAUUGUUUAUUUAUUUAUUUAUUUAUAUGUGUGUGUUAACUUGUUUUUUUUUUAAAUGAAUGACCUAAACUUAUUUAUGCUGGACAUAAUUUAUAAAAAAAAUAAUUUAUUGAACCUGAUCAGAAUUUUGUACUUUUGACAUUUGCAAAUAAUGUUAUGGUGCCUGUGGUGCUGUAAGAAUGUUUGAAUAAAAAAAAAAAAAAUUUGUAAAGAAAA